AUGAGUAGCCCAGCCUCAAACCGUCAAUACAAAUUAAGACGAGGGGAAAGUUCAGCCAUACCUUUUGCCUCUCAAUCCCGCUUUGAAGAAUCAUUUCGCUCAGGAGGAGUUUCAAAGCAUCUUGAUAGCAACCUUCAUCGUCCAUCGGAUACCCAAACACCACCACGUCCUCAAAGAGGGCUUCCAAUACACGUCGAUCCCAAUCAUUAUCGGUCGGUGGAUGCGCAAGUACAACCAAAUCUUGAAAGAGCAGUUCCAUUGCAUAUAGACGCUGGCCUUCGUCGCCCAAUGAAUGCUCAAGCGCCACUACAUCCGCAAAGAGGAGCUCCCAGGUACUUUGAUCCUAUACCUCAGUACCCGUUAAAUUUCCAAGGGCAACCAGCACAGCAAGAGUAUUUCAAUGAAGGUAGACGUCGAGGUCGGCCUAUUUCCCCACAGUUAGUUGCUGCUCCCGCGAACUCGAGACCUCUUUCUCAAGAAUUGAAUAUUCCUAUACGGAGUCAAAGAAGAGAGCGCGCCCCGCCAGUUAUAAUUGCCGAUAAAAGCGAUUCUGAAGAUACCCCGGAUCGGCAACGCUCGCCAAGCCCACCUCGUUUCGAAGACGAAAGCAAUUCAUCGUCAAGAGGCGGGAAAAAUUCAAGAAAGCAACUUUAUUACGAGCGCCCACCUCAACCCUGUUUGUCCAGAAGUAGUAGGAUGGAUCGCAAAUCGACAGAGAGAAGCAAAAUCGAUCCUGGGAAGAAAACCUUGGGUGGACUUUGGGUGCGUGAAUCCGGUAUUACUCAGCGGGGCACAAAGAAUAGCAAGGUCUGA